AUGAAGACUCUCACACGUGUUGCUGUUUCUUCUUCUUCAAUUUGCCUUUGGCUUCUCUUCGCUUCAUCAUCACUUUAUUCCUCGUGUUUCUGUAAUCAGAACUCACAUCAAAUACAAUGUAUUGCCACCGAACGAUCCGUGCUUAUCCAGUUCAAGAACAACCUCGUCGACCGUGCCAACCGCCUCUCUUCUUGGUCCGGCGACGACUGUUGCAGUUGGUCCGGUGUAGUCUGCGAUAACUCCACCCACCACGUCCAGGAGCUUCGUCUCCGUGGACCUGACGAUGGAAUUCAUGGCCAUUGUCAUGGAACAUACGACACAGACGAAGAACUCGAAGAAGCAAAAAAACUAAUGUUAGGAGGAAUCAUAAGUCCUUCUUUGAUAAAGUUAGAACAACUCCGGUACCUUGACUUGAGUUGCAACGACUUUGGAAUCACCCCGAUUCCAGCAUUCAUCGGCUCUCUUCAAAAUCUGAGAUAUCUUAACAUCUCUAGGUCGCAAUUUACGAGGGAAAUUCCUCAUCAACUCGGGAAUCUAUCUGACUUGCUUGUUCUAGAUCUUCAUGACGAUCCUGUACUCGGUAAUCUUCAAUCAGCAAGUUUAAAAUGGAUAGAGAAUUUGAAGCGCUUGCAGUACCUGGAUAUGAGUGGCAUCAACCUCGCCGAAGCUUCAGAUCACUGGCUUCAGGCGAUCAACACUCCUUCUUUGAAAGAAGUGCACUUUUCUUCAUGUGGCUUAACUCAAAUUCCUAGUGAACCAACCAGAGUUAGUUUUACUUCCAUUAACGUCUUAGAUCUUUCGUAUAACAUCUUCAACGGUUUGUUGCCUGGGUGGGUUUUCAGUCUUCAUGAUUUAGUUUCUUUAGAUCUUACCAAUGGCUUUAUUGGUGGUCUAAAUCCCGGAACUCGUGGUGGUUUCGAUAGCACGCCUUCUUUGACGAGUCUUCGUGUUUCCGGUAACACUUUUGUUAAUUCUUCUUCCAUACUAAACAGCUUGUAUAGCUUAAGUAAUCUCCGUAUUCUUGAUGUUAGUAACUGCAAUAUUACUGAACCCAUUCUUGGCAACCUUCAAAACCUGUCUUUCAUCGUUCAUCUUGAUUUAUCAAACAAUCAAAUCGGUGAGGUGAUACCCAAAUCUUUAAGUAAUCUUUGCAACAUGACUACCCUUGAUCUUCAGUCUAACAAUUUUUCCGGAGAUGUGACUGAGCUUCUUGAAAGAUUUUGUGAAUGUGAGUCGCCUAAACUGGAACUGUUUGCCUUGCGUGGCAAUUAUGUCACUGGUCGACUACCAGAAAAACUAGGAAGAUUGAAGAAUCUGGGCAGCAUUGAUAUCGCAUACAAUAAGUUAACAGGAAUUCUUCCACGUUCCUUAGGAAGUUUGUCGCUCUUGAAAACGUUACAGCUUAAUAUAAAUCAACUCGAGGGUUCGAUCCCAGAUUCAGUUGGUGAUCUAUCAUCAUUGAAUUUUUUGGAUCUUUCGUUUAACAAAUUGAAUGGAAGUCUUCCUCAGAGUAUUGGAAAACUUGGGAAACUUACUUUUCUAACACUUCAUCACAAUUCGUUAACAGGUAUUGUGACGGAAAACCAUUUCGCCAAUCUAACAGCCUUGACAACUUUGUGGGUUGGGGAUAAUAAGUUAUCGUUUGACCUGGUCAACAACUGGAUUCCACCUUUCCAACUCAAUGUGCUGCGAAUCGGUUCUUGCAGUUUAGGCCCACUUUUUCCUUCGUGGGUUCAAUCGCAAACAAGCUUGGCAGAGUUGGAUUUAGCAAACGCAAACAUAUCAGACACCAUGCCAAAUUGGAUCUCGACUAGCUUCUCUUCUGUAACGUACUUCAACAUAUCCCAUAAUAACAUUAUGGGAAAAUUGGGAGAUGUUAGUUUUCUUACAGCAGCAGCAAUACUAGAUCUAAGUUCCAACCAUUUCCAUGGCGAAUUACCUCGUGAUUUCAAUAAACCUGACUUGGGUUUCCUAGAUCUUUCAUACAAUAAUCUUUCUGGGUCUCUAGAUCAGUUCUUGUGUGAUGGUAUUCAAGAAUCGCGACAGUUAAGUGUUCUUAAUUUAGCGAACAAUAACAUGUCAGGUGGUCUCCCGGAUUGUUGGAUGAAUUGGGAAUAUUUAGUAUUCUUGAACCUAGAGAAAAACAAGUUAUCUGGUAAAAUCCCUUCAUCUUUAGGAAACAUAACUUCGUUGCAAUCAGUAGACAUACGAAAUAACAAGUUGUCAGGUGAAAUACCGAUGUCUUUAUUGAAUUCCAAAAGCUUGUUGAUUGUUGAGCUUGCUGAAAAUGAACUCACGGGAAGAAUACCGACAUCAAUUGGAAGAGAUGAUACAAGUUUAAAAAUUCUUAGUCUUCGUUCCAACAAGUUAGAGGGUGAAAUCCCGAAUGAAUUAUGUCAUCUCAGUUCUAUACAAAUCUUGGAUCUUGCUGACAACAGUCUUUCUGGGUAUCUCCCGAAAUGCUUCACAAACUUCAGCGUCAUUUCUGGAAAAGAAACCUCCAGUCCGAUUGUUCCUUACGAUGUUCUUUUCCAGAAUCAAGUUCUUGGCAGUGCGUCAUUGGUGACAAAGGGAAGAGUUUUUUCAUAUAGCACCAUUCUUUAUCUGGUGACAACAUUAGACCUUUCAGAUAACAAUUUUUCUGGGUCGAUUCCUGAUGAAGUUAUGGAACUUUCCGGCUUACGUUACCUGAAUCUUUCACAUAAUAAGUUAACAGGGAGAAUUCCUGAUAGGAUCAGUGAAAUGGCGCCGCUUGAAUCUUUAGAUUUGUCUGUGAACCAUCUUGAUGGUAGAAUUCCGUCGAGCUUGUCGCGGUUAAGAGCACUGAAUUCAUUCAAUGUAUCCUACAACAAUCUUACAGGAAGAAUCCCAACAGGCUCCCAGUUUCAAACCUUCAAUGAUGAAUCAAGUUUCAUUGGAAAUGCACUUUGUGGAGCUCCUCUUGCAGCUUGUCAACCAAAUAGUGACAACGAUACCAAUAUAUCUAAAGAUGGUGAUGAUGAUGAUGAAUCUGAUGGAAUCGAUUGGAUCCUAGUGAUAUUUACAACCAUUGGAUUGAUUGUUGGUUUUUGGAUCAUGAUUGGUCCGUUGCUUGUCAGCAAACGAUGGAGAGAAGCAUAUUAUCAUUUUCUAGACAAAAUGAGGAUCAAGCUUCCAGAUUUCAUUCUUCUAGUAUUCCCCUGUUUGAAAAUGCGUGAGCCAUUUCAUGAAACUCGCAGCUCAAUCGACCAAGACCAACGAUUUGAUUUAUCCCAAUACAUCUUUGAUGAGCGUGAUGGUUUUAAACAUCAUACAUCAUCUUACGAAGCUAGCAGCUCGACUCAACCACCUCAUCAACCUGAUUCAUUGUAAUUCAUUGAUGAUUAAUCAACAAGAAUGCCACAAUUGCAAGAAAAAUAGUUGCUGACCUUCGACAUUUUGGUGGUAGUACGUAGUCAUGCAACUUGGUAUUGAUAUGGUUCCUCAUGCAUUGUCGUUUCCAGUUGAGCUAGUUAUGUAUAAUUAUAAUAGGUCCGGUUUAGCAUAUACAUUUUGUCAAUCCAUGUUAUCUUAGAUAAAAUAAAUAUAGAAUUGUGUUUUCCAUA